AUGCCUUAUUUAUCGGCAGCCCGGGAGAACGGCCACAGCGAUAGUCGACUGAAGUUGUUCAAUGGUCUGUUCCGAUGGAAAAAAUCAGAAAAAGAAAAGCAAAAAGCCAGGCAGCUAAGUAAAAGUGAAGUUUGUAUAGCAACAUCGAUGUCAGUGAAAACAAGAAAUUCGUGUCCUGCUUCUCCUGCUCUUUCUAUGCCCAGAUCUAGAGACGUAUUCCAGGACAUGGAGGCACUUAAAAUAUCUAGACACGACAAUCCAUACUUACAGAAAAAAAUUUUAGCAAGCAGAGAGAGCUUAUUAGAUGACAAUAUUGUUGUAUCAGACACAGAUGACAUAGACACCAUGGCUCAGGAAUAUUUAGCGGAUAUGGGUCCAGGUGCUUUAAUAGAACUUCAUCAACAUAUGGUAAGAAGUCCACCUCCAACUACGUGGCCACGUAUACCUAUAUUUAAAUAUGACGAAAAAGACCAAACCCAAGAUCUGUAUGGAGAUAGAUGUAAAAGUCCACAAGGCCGGACGUUCCUCCACAGCUCAUGUUCAAGUGGUUCUUCGAGCUGUAUGGUUUCACCACGAUAUAACCAUCAGUCUAGAUGUCACCGAUCGGCUAGUGAAUCUCGAGGUAAACACGUUUAA